AAUCGACAAGAUUGAAUAAUAGCAAUCUCAAAAAUAGAAAUUAAUAUUCGAUCAAACUCUACAACUGGAUAUCAAUUUUAAUACUAGAAGCCGUAGAUAACGAAGAACAAAAAACAAAUGGCAAAUGACAACGAAGAAUUCGCGAAUACAGCCCUCGAUUCAUCACCAGAACAAGAUGAUCUUUCGUCGCCAAACACGGGACCUCAAAAGCCGCUCAGGACCCCAAAAUGUGCUCGGUGUCGUAACCACGGAGUCGUGAGCGCCCUAAAGGGACACAAAAGGCAUUGUAGAUGGAGAGAUUGCCAGUGUUCAAACUGUCUGUUGGUUGUGGAAAGACAAAGAAUAAUGGCUGCUCAGGUUGCACUCAGACGACAACAAGCUGCUGAGUUGAAAAAGGGCGGAAGUUUGUUGAAUCCAGAUUGUGACAUCACCAAUGAUAUUACGAGAAAACAAUCGCGUGAUGCAAUGAACAGAGCAGCAGCAGAAUCUUUGAAAAUACGUAGCAGAGCAUUGAGAAAUGCUCGAUUGUCCGCAAAGGGAUUUCUUGACGAGACUGGACUUGCUUUGAAUCCAGACCAUUUUCCACCGUUAACAGAACGAAUGCGAAAACGUAAAACAUUUGCUGAUGAAAGUCUACAACAUAUGCAAGAGAGUGCAAAUUAUUUUCGACCUACAUUUUACGCGCCGAAACCCAGUGCAAACGUGUUUACUCGUUAUUGUGGGCAAUCUAUACCAAAUAAUUCCAGAGUGACUUCUCCCAAAGUUGUUCUACCAGAGAGAUUGGGUCAUUUGAGUAGAGUGCCUUUAGGCGUCGAGGAGAACCAUUCCCUCACAAACCCGAAUAUUUCACCAAGGCAACGUGACGUCAUUGCUGAUACGCAUCGCACCACGCCUGAUUUUUCCUCUGAAGAUGACGUACCUGACUCAAAACAAUACCCAUGGCUUUCACGUAAAAGAAAAUCUACAUGCCGGGUUUCACCACAAGAGAAGCGGCCUUGUUAUCCAUGGGACAAGCUACCACUCCAAACUAACAAUGAAGUCGGAAAUUUUACCAAUCCUUUGUAUAAUAUGUUUCAUUCGAUGAAUUCAACAAUUCCGAAAGUUCCUUUCUCUAGUCCAUUUGAAUUUACCCCAGUUCCCAAUUUCUUGGCUCUCGAUACUCAAUUAAAACAAAUUCAACGAAUGCAAUUUCUCAUAUCAGCAUAUCAAAAUAGUCGACUCCUUGAUCAGAAAAGUCCUCUAUAUUUUCAACAUCAAAAUUUAAUGUUGCCUAGUUCUUUAUUUUCUUCUAACGUCGACGCUCAAUCUCCGAUAGCAUCAUCGCCAGUCGGCACAAAAUUGCAUCCGACUAAUUUCACUGUUGAAUCUAUUAUUGGUACUCAGUAGAAAAAUGAAUAUUCUGUCAUGCGAGUUAGUGCUUUCUUUUUGACAUGUAGUUUGUCGACCCUUGGACUGUAGCGGAAGCCCGUUAUUGGCCCAAUUUAUUAGCAAUUCAUAGUUUCACAAUCCUUCAGAAAUAGUGAUAAUCGUGAAUAAUUCCUAGAGUUUAAAAUUUUUAAUUGCAGAUUCGUGUUUUGUUUUUCUUCAU